AUGGUUGAUGAGUGUCGAGACAUUAGUGGUACACAGCAAUUGUCUAUCGUUAUUCGAUUUGUUCCAGAUCUUAAUAAUAGUUUAAUUGAUUUUUCAAGUUUCGUCAAGGAAUAUUUUCUUGGAUUUGUUCCAUUACAAGAAUUUGAUGCAAUAACAUUAACUGAAAAGAUAGUUGAAUUUUUGAAAAAUUUGAAUAUUCCUUUAGAAUCUUGUAUUUGUUUAUGUUUUGAUGGUGCUGCGGUCAUGUCUGGUCAACAAGCAGGGGUUCAUGUUUUAUUGAAAAAAUAUAUGCCAAAGAGCAUAUAUAUACAUUGCUCAGCUCACCGUCUUAAUCUUGUCAUCAGUGAUACAUGCAAGGUGGUGUUUUAUAUGUGGGAUUAUUUUUCAAUUAUUGGUAGUGUUUAUUCAUUUUUUACUGCAUCUGGAGUAGCAAAUACAUAUUUCAAACAAGCACAAAAACAAUUAGAUUUAGUUCAAUCUUCGAGAUUAAAAUUAUGGGCAGAGACCCGGUGGGAUUCCAAGUGGAAGGGUAUUGAUGCUGUUAUUGUUAAUUAUAGUGCAAUAAUUAAAGCUCUUGAUAAUAUUAGCGAAGAAGGUACUGAUUCAAGAUCAAUAAAUGCAGCUGGACUUUUAAUGCAUUUGAAAAAGUCAAUAUUUAUUAUUACUUCAUUUAUUCUUCAUCAGAUAUUCGGUUUAAUAAAAGUUUUAAGUGAUCAUUUGAAAAGUCCAGCUUUAGAUUAUGUACGUGGUGAAGAACUUGUCACGUCAGUUAUUCAGCAGCUAACUAAUCUUCGUAAUGAACAAUCAUUCAAUCUAAUUUAUGAUAAAGCAAAAAGCUUUUGUCAAGUAAAUGAAAUUGAUUUGGUCCAACAAUAUCACAUACAUCGUAAAACAAAAAUUCCGAGUAGAUUUAAUGAUUGUUUUAUUAAUUCAACAGUUGGACAACGUAUAACAUUAUCUACAUCAACAGAUUUUAUGAAUCAGAUUUAUUUUCCUUUAAUUGAUUGUAUGUUAGUUGAAUUAAAUGAUAGAUUUUCAUUAAAAACAUUGUCAUUUAUGAAGAGUAUUGCUACAGUUUAUCCAGAGAGUAAAAACUUUUUAAGUAUCAAUGAUGUUGAUGAAUUUAGUCAUCAUAUUGAUGUUGACUCAAAUGCUUUAAAAAAUGAAUUUAUUGCUAUAAAAUCUAUGUUCAUGUCUAAAACAAGCAAUAAUGUUAUUCAGUUCUUGAACAAAUUAAUUUCAUUCUCAGCUGCAUUUCCACAAACAUUAUGA